AUGAUGAACUCCGAUGCCCUUGUGGACCUAAGCGAUGAUUUGGAAAGAGAUGAAACCACCCAUUCCCUGGAGCAGUUGAAACUGGCAUCUGUAGAUGACCAGAACUGGCCCUCCGAUGAUGUUCAGGACUACCCCAAGCCAGCUGAUUCUAAGCCAUCCCCUGAACCCGUCAUCCACCUUCGCUGGAAUGAUCCUUACUAUGACAUUGCCAGACAUCAAAUUGUGGAAGUAGCAGGCGAUGACAAAUUUGGGCGUAAGAUCGUCGUGUUCAGCGCCUACCGCCUGCCUCCGUGUCACCAGCUCGAUCAUGUUAAACUUCUACAGUAUCUGAAGCACACAUUGGACCAGUAUGUGGAAAGUGAUUAUACUUUGAUCUACCUGCACCAUGGCCUAACCAGUGAGAACAAGCCCUCUCUGGGUUGGCUAAGAGAUGCGUACCGAGAGUUUGACCGCAAAUACAAGAAGAACAUCAAGGCUUUGUACAUUGUCCACCCCACAAUGUUCAUCAAGACAUUACUGGUUCUGUUUAAACCUAUUAUCAGCUUCAAGUUUGGUCGGAAGAUUUUUUAUGCAAAUUAUCUGAGUGAAUUGGAGGAUAUUGUCAAGUUGGAGCAGUUGGGGAUUCCAAAAUCAGUACUAGAGUAUGACAAGGUUAUCCGCUCUACCAUGAAGCCCCCAUCAGCCAACCAGAAGACCGCUCCUCCUCGGCCGCCUCUGCCUAACCAGCAGUUUGGUGUCUCUUUGCAGCAGUUGAGGGAGAAGCGCCCAGACAAUGAGAAGAUUCCCCAGGUUGUACAGGAAACAGUGAACUAUCUUCGGCAGAAUGCUCUCGACACUGAGGGGAUAUUUCGGAGGUCGGCAAGCACUCAAGUGGUGCGGGAAAUUCAGCAGGAAUACAACAGGGGAAAUCCCGUUAGUUUUCAGCAGUACAAUGAUGUUCACUUGACAGCAGUUAUUCUCAAGACAUUCCUCCGAGAGCUGCCAGAGCCACUGCUGACCUUUAACCUUUACAACUACGUUGUCAGCUUCUCCAGUAUUGAGCCAGAGAAGCAAGUGGAAUCCACUCAGGAAGUUCUGAAAACUUUGCCUGAGGAAAACUAUGAGGUCCUGCGGUUCCUCACAGCAUUUCUUGUGGAGGUAUCUGCUUGGAGCUCUGAGAAUAAGAUGACCAACACUAAUCUGGCAGUGGUAUUCGGGCCAAACCUUAUGUGGGCCAAAGACGUGGCCAUGACCUUAAAAGCCAUUAAUCCCAUCAACACCUUCACCAAGUUCUUGCUGGAGAACCAGAAGGAGCUGUUUGAAGAACGUUCUUUGUAA